UUGGUCCCAAAAGGGGCACGGAACUCGAGAAAAAUACCGAGUAUAAUGUGCGUAAUAUUUGGUCGACUACCAGGAUAUGGGCGUAGGCCGGCGUCUACACCUGGGCGUCCCAAAUUAGCCAUUGUUGUUACGACAGGAGACGUCAACCAUGACGACGCGUUGGAUGCGUCCGGCAAAGAGACGGCGAAUCGGUAGGUGCGAUGCGCAGCAGCACGCGCGUCCUUCGAGACUUCCCGCAGCCAUAUUCCUACUGCGAGAGCCCCUACAAAGAAACGGACUUCCCAGCCGGGAUUCGUGACGUCAACAGCGGGGAAUUCGUGCAUCCUGCAGACUGUAGGACAUCGAAAAUCGUCGUCGUGGGUGACAUUUCCGUUGGAAAGACGUGCCUCAUAAACAAGUUUUGCCAUGAAGUGUACGACGCAAAUUACAAGGCUACGAUUGGUGUCGACUUUGAAGUGGAGAAGCUCGACAUUCUGGGUAUCCCAUUCAGCCUACAAAUAUGGGACACAGCGGGCCAGGAGCGUUUCAGGAGCAUCACGUCUGCAUACUACAGAGGAGCUCAAGUGGUAGUGCUCGUAUUCGACUUGUCGCUUUCGUCAAGCCUCUACAACAUCCCUCAGUGGCUAGAAGAUACAUUAGCCUCGUGCGGCACAAACGAACCCCUAAGAUUCCUUGUUGGGUCCAAGAAGGAUCUACUUCAGAAUGACCUGCUCUUGGAAGGCAUGGAGGAUGAUGCAAGAAAAAUGGCACGCAAACUUGAUGCAGAGUUUUGGUCAGUCUCCUCUAAAACAGGAGAAAACGUGGAAAAAUUCUUCGUGCGGCUAGCAGCUCUCGCAUUUGUCCGCUGCAUAAAUAGAGAACUUGCAGAGACGACUGUGACAGCAGAGAAGACUUCCUCACAGUUUGUUCACCUGAAGCAGAAGAAAAAGUCAAAGUCCUGCAAAUGUUCCACUGACAAGUAACAAUGAGCACCAGAACAAAUGGGUGGACACAGUACUGUGCAGCCGCAAUGCCUGGAAAGUGUGAACACCUCAGACAAGACGUGCGACACGAGCGAGAAGGUGCAGAGCUCGCUCCCGAAAAAGUGAAGCCGUAGCACAGAAGCUUCCUGGACCUUAGACAAGGAUCGAAAGCAGCCAGCAUAAUACAUGUUUUGACCACUGAGAGAACCUCGUCUUACGAUUCAAAUUAUACAUGUGCCAGUCA